GAAAAGGAAAGCAGAGUGGGCACGUUGUUCGUAGUUAAUGAUUGAAUAGGGGAAGCACUGUGAGUCACAUAUCUCUGAUCUUAGGGUGCCUUUAAAUGUUAGUUGCUUCCUCCAAAAUUGGGUAGAAACAUCUUGAAAUGGCUAUUACACCAGGACUGGAGCAUACAAGGAAGGCUAUUGGAUGGGCAGCAAGAGACACAUCUGGGGUUCUUUCCCCCUUCAAUUUCACGAGAAGGGAUACAGGAGAGAAAGAUGUAGCAAUCAAAGUUUUAUACUCUGGUAUAUGCCACACCGACCUCCAUAAUGCAAAGAGUGAAUGGGGUCCAUCCUUUUAUCCACUCGUACCCGGGCACGAGAUUGCAGGUGAAGUGAUAGAGGUAGGAAGCAAGGUGGAAAAGUUGAAGGUGGGUGACAAGGUGGGUGUGGGGUGCAUGGUUCUAUCCUGCAGGUCAUGUAAAAGCUGUGAUGAGAAUCUCGAGAACUACUGUCCAAAAAUGAUUCUGACAUACGGAGCGAAGUAUGUUGAUGGAAGCAUCACACAAGGAGGCUACUCUGAUCUGGUGGUUGUAGAUGAACACUUUGUCAUCAGCAUUCCUGACGGUCUACCUCUUGAGGCUGCUGCACCUCUCUUAUGUGCUGGGAUCACAGUGUAUAGCCCUCUCAUAUAUUUUGGACUUGACAAGCCAGACACCCAUGUGGGUGUGGUUGGUCUUGGUGGGGUUGGUCACAUGGCUGUCAAGUUUGCCAAAGCUUUUGGAGCUAAGGUCACUGUAAUCAGCACAUCUCCAAAUAAAAGGAAAGAAGCCAUUGAGCAUCUUGGAGCUGACUCAUUUGUGGUCAGUCGUGAGGAAGAUCAGAUGCAGGCUAUAAAGGGUACCUUGGAUGGUAUAAUAGACACAGUUUCUGCAGUCCAUCCUCUGCUCCCUCUGUUGGAUUUGUUGAAGAGUCAUGCGAAACUUGUGAUAGUUGGUGUUCCUGAUAAGCCUUUGGAGCUACCCAUCUUUCCUUUACUAGCCAGAAAGGGUGUAACUGGCAGUAGCAUUGGAGGAAUAAAGGAGACACAAGAAAUGAUUGAUUUUGCUGUCAAACACGAUAUAAAGCCUGAUAUUGAGAUUAUUCCUAUUGAUUAUGUGAACAAAGCAAUGGAGCGUCUCGUCAAAGCAGAUGUAAAAUAUCGAUUUGUUAUUGACAUUGGCAACACACUAAAAUCAAGUUCUUGAUAUUUUCCUCGUCCAUGUCGAGAAAUAAUGCACGAGGGUGAAGUUAUUGCUUGUUUCUGUUCUUAAUUUGAUGAAGUUGGCAUUUGUCGGUGAUUAAUAAACGUCUCUUCUGUACCAAUGUUAUGUGAUUAAUAGUUAUCAUCUAUUAUACAGUAUUCUCGAAGAA